AUCUGUCAGGACCCGGGAGUCGCUGCUUCUUCCGCCCUGGCCUGGUCUCCUCAGAGGAUCUGGUGCCGUCAUGUCGGCUGCGAUUGCAGCUCUGGCCGCUUCCUACGGUUCGGGUUCAGGGUCCGAGUCGGACUCGGACAGUGAGGGCAGUCGGUGUCCUCUGCCAGCCGCCGAUUCGCUCAUGCACUUGACUAAGUCGCCCUCGGCCAAGACCUCUUUGGCAGUGGCAGUGGACUCCGCUCCGGAGGUGGCAGUUAAGGAAGAUUUGGAGACUGGAAUUCACCUUGACCCUGCUGUAAAAGAGGUUCAGUAUAAUCCUACCUAUGAGACCAUGUUUGCUCCUGAGUUUGGACCAGAAAAUCCCUUUAGGACACAGCAAAUGGCUGCCCCUAGAAAUAUGCUUUCUGGAUAUGCUGAACCAGCUCAUAUCAAUGAUUUUAUGUUUGAACAACAAAGAAGAACUUUUGCCACAUAUGGUUAUGCGUUAGACCCUUCAUUAGAUAAUCAUCAAGUGUCUGCUAAAUAUAUUGGUUCUGUAGAAGAAGCUGAAAAAAAUCAAGGUUUAACUGUGUUUGAAACUGGUCAGAAGAAAAUAGAAAAGAGGAAAAAGUUCAAAGAAAAUGAUGCAUCUAAUAUUGAUGGUUUCUUGGGACCUUGGGCAAAAUAUGUGGAUGAAAAAGAUGUAGCCAAACCUUCAGAGGAAGAACAAAAAGAAUUGGAUGAAAUCACAGCAAAGAGGCAGAAAAAAGGCAAACAGGAAGAAGAGAAACCUGGGGAGGAGAAGACAAUCUUACAUGUUAAAGAAAUGUAUGACUAUCAAGGCAGGUCCUAUCUUCACAUACCUCAGGAUGUUGGUGUUAACCUGCGGUCAGCUGUGCCACCUGAAAAGUGUUACCUUCCCAAAAAACAAAUUCAUGUGUGGUCUGGGCACACAAAGGGCGUCAGUGCAGUCAGAUUGUUUCCUCUCUCCGGCCAUUUAUUGCUGUCUUGCUCCAUGGACUGUAAAAUCAAGCUAUGGGAGGUUUACGGAGACCGGCGCUGUUUGAGAACAUUUAUUGGUCACAGUAAAGCUGUUAGGGACAUCUGCUUUAAUACUGCAGGAACACAGUUCCUCAGCGCAGCGUAUGACAGAUAUCUGAAGCUCUGGGACACUGAGACAGGACAGUGUAUAUCAAGAUUUACAAACCGAAAAGUGCCCUAUUGUGUCAAAUUCAAUCCUGAUGAAGAUAAGCAAAAUCUCUUUGUGGCUGGGAUGUCGGAUAAGAAGAUUGUGCAAUGGGACAUUCGAAGUGGAGAAAUUGUGCAGGAAUAUGAUCGGCAUUUGGGAGCUGUCAACACCAUUGUUUUUGUUGAUGAGAAUAGGAGAUUUGUGAGCACAUCUGAUGAUAAGAGCCUAAGAGUUUGGGAAUGGGAUAUCCCGGUGGAUUUCAAGUAUAUAGCAGAACCCAGUAUGCACUCAAUGCCUGCAGUGACUUUGUCUCCAAAUGGCAAGUGGCUAGCAUGCCAAUCCAUGGACAACCAAAUCUUAAUUUUUGGAGCACAGAACAGAUUUAGAUUAAAUAAGAAAAAAAUUUUUAAGGGCCACAUGGUAGCAGGCUAUGCUUGUCAAGUGGACUUUUCACCAGACAUGAGCUAUGUGAUUUCAGGAGAUGGAAAUGGAAAAUUAAACAUUUGGGACUGGAAGACCACAAAACUCUAUAGUCGGUUUAAAGCUCAUGAUAAAGUGUGUAUAGGUGCAGUCUGGCAUCCUCAUGAAACAUCUAAGGUCAUAACAUGUGGUUGGGAUGGUCUCAUUAAAUUGUGGGAUUAACCUUAUACUAUCUGGGAUCAUUUUUGAUCCAAUGUCAUAUUUAACUGUAUUUAAUUAUUAAAUGUAUUGGUUGAUAACUUGAUUUUUACAGGUAAUGUUUCUUUACAUGGCUUUAUGACGCUGACCUAUUGUUUAAAAAAAAAAAACUUUGUAAAUUUGACUUAUAUAAUUUCUUUGGCAACUUCAUUUUGUUCUUUAUAGGUGUUAUUUAUGUAGAGAAUGACCAUUGACUUUCUAUUUUACAAGUAGUUAUUGUUGGCAGGCUGUUUUGGUUUAUCUUCAUGACAUUCUGAAAGGAUCCCUUUGGGGUCAAAAAAGAAUCCCUAAUGGAUCUGAGAUCCUAGAAAAGGUAAUGUAAUUAAUGGCUCAGAAAGGUGCCAUGUACUCACCUCUUCAACCAAAAGGGCAAUAAAGAACAGGGAUGAUAUCAUUUAAUAUAAAUCUGAAAGUAGGAUAAAGCCACCCAUAAUUACUAUGCCCAUUAUUUUCAGUGGGUUAAGUUCUAAUCUUUUGGCUUCAGAAGUUCCACUAUUUUUGGUGACAUAUGUUGUAUAUUUUUAGUUGUAAAUCAGUAAUCUUUAACUGCAGCAUUCCUCUAACUAUUAAACAAUGUAAAAUAAAAAUUAGUCCAAAGUUCUUUCCUUGACUUUCUACCCUGAUCAGUGUAGACAGGACUAUAUUUAUUUAACCAGAGAAUCUACAUUAUUUCUGAAGAUAGAACUCGAGAAAAUGAGCCAAGACGUUGAAUUGUAUUUAUAUUCACUGUCAGUGAUGACCUGGCUACAUUUUCAGAAAAUUGCUUCACAGAUGUUACUACUGAAAUCCUCCUCAUAGGAGAUAAGGUAUGAGGGCAUAGUCCAAAAUGUCAACUUGUAAUUUCUUUGAAGUCAUAUGUUUUAUCUUUAAAAUUAUUCUGAUUUUGCUUGUGAAUGUAUAUGACAGAACUUUUAAGAUUAAAAAAAGUUUAAACAUCUUUGUAAGCCUUUGAAAAAAAUUGGACAUUCCAAGAAGAUAACUUCAGGUUAUGAAAUCAAGACAGCAUCUUGAAUAUAGUAGCUAAUAGCACUUUAGUUUGAUAAGCCAUUUCUCUUAUUUUAUUAUAAGUCUAUAUUAGAUGUUUGAAUGUGGUUUGACAUAUUUCAGUACCAUGCUGGAAAAGAUUGGUUGAUAGCUGCUCAGAGUGCUGACUUGGAGAUCAAAAUCAUGUUGAGUGUUGCUGACCUAAGAGCAUUAAGCUCCGAGUCCUGUGCUAUCAUAGUAUUGCAUGUUCCUUGGCCUUAGAGAGCGUUAAUUUUUAAAAUUUAAAUUUAAAAAGACCUAGUACAUAAGACCAGGCCCUAUAGCCACAUACAAGUAAAUUUCAAUGAAGGAAAUAGAAAAAAAUAAAAGUACAGGAGAUGUAUUUUCUCACACACAGACACUGAAAGAAAUACAAACACACUGCCUAACUGCUGCCAUUUCUGUAACUGCCGGGAAGGGUGGCAGAUUCUGCAGGGGAAAGGAUUCAGACACAACCUUUUCUUUAGUCCAACUACUGUUUUAACAAAUGUGAAUUAUUGAAAUGUGACAGGAUGAAAAGAAUCAUACAUCUAAACUGUCUUGUUUAGCACCAGUAUUACAAGUGACAAAUCAUGAUUUCUAAAUCCGGAUUUAUUUUAUUGUGUUUUUCACUGUUUCUGAACUAAGUAACUGUAUAUAAAAGUUGUCUCUUUUUUAAAAAGAUCUUAUUUUUAAAUAAAGCAUUUUUUGUAGAAA